GACCUCUUUGUCCUCCACUUCCUCUUUAAGGUGAGGGAGCUUUGGCUCCUGCCACGCAGGACAAAGAUCUUCACGGAUGUCUGCAAAACACAAGACAAACCCACAUGGUUUGGUCAAUGUUGCGAUCGUCGUGUGAAAAUGCGCGCGAGGAGGACGGCGGAGUACGAGGAGGAACCUCGGGGCCCGAAAGAGGAGGAGGAGCCACAAGGUCAACGACCGGACGCUGCGUUCGAUCUGCGGCCUCGAGUUGUGCCGCGCAGAGCAGACGUCAGUCAAGAUCUUCGUCCUGAGUGGCUGAAGCCAGACUCCCCUCACAUGAAAGAGGAAGAGGAGGACGAAGCAGUUCAUCACUUUAAAAACAUAGACGAGCUGGAGCCCCGCCACAUCAAAGAGGAGGAGGAAGAGUUCCCACGUUUUAAACAGGAAGAGCAGGAGGAAAUCAUUCGAGGUCAUUUGACUGGUGUCUCUUUGAAGAGUGGAGAUGAAGGUCAAAGUGAGGAGAGCAGAUGGACGAAGCCUUCAAGCAGGAGCUCAAGUCACAUGACAACAGAAGGUGAUGGAGAAGACCACUGUGGAGGAUCGCCAUCAGACGGCCUUCUAGCUCCACUAUCAGAUAGUGAUGACAUGGCGUCACACUCUCCUCACACGGAUGGUGAUGAUGAUGAUAAGCAGUCUGAAGGUGGUGAGACAUCUCCCACUGACAACAAACGAUGGAAAUGUUCUCAGUGUGGGAAAACCUUUGCUUAUAGGGGAAAGUUGAAACAACACAUGAGAACCCACACUGGAGAGAAACCUUUUGCCUGCACAGUUUGUGGCCAGAGAUUCUCUCAGAAGGUCAGCUUAAGUCGUCAUACAAGAACACACACUGGAGAGAAACCUUUCGCCUGCUCAGUUUGUGGCCAGAGAUUCUCCAAUAAGGGAAACAUGACAAGACACACAAGAACCCACACUGUAAAGAAAUGUUUUACCUGCUCCGUUUGCGGUCAACGAUUCACCAAGAAGGGCAACUUGACAAGUCACACAAGGACCCACACUGGUGAGAAACCUUUUGCCUGCUCACUUUGUGGUCAAAGAUUCUCUGUGAAGGGAACCUUAAAAAAACACACAAAAACCCACACUGGUGAGAAACCUUUUUCCUGCUCAGUUUGUGGCCAAAGAUUCUCGCAGAAGGACACGUUAAAACAUCACACAAGAACACACACUGGGGAGAAGCCUUUCUCCUGCUUAGUUUGUGGGAAAAGAUUUUUUGCUAAGGGAGACUUAAAAAGACACACGAGAACACACACUGGUGAGAAACCAUUUUCCUGCGAAGAUUGUGGUCAAAGAUUCUCUCAGAAGGGAACCCUGAAAAAUCACAUAAGAACACACACUGGGGAGAAGCCAUUUGGCUGCACAGAAUGCGGUCAGACGUUCUCUCGGCACCACUACGUUAAGAAACACAAGUGUGUUGGCAAGAACAGCAGAGAGCAAUUCAAUGUCCGCCUCUCAUCUGAGCAGGCUUCGUCAGUUCACGCGCCGAGAAUGAUCGUGUUUUAUGUCCCUUCUUAAAUGACCUCGUUUCCAUAGUUCUGGAAUCAUCAUUUUGGGGUGCUCGCUGUUGUUCAUAUGAUAGUACGAUAACGCAAUGACAUAUGGCAACAAUGUAAGGUUUACCAACUUGAACAAAUCCGCUGUUUAGAAACUAAAGCAAGCUGUCUUUUUUUGUCAAUGUUAUUUCCUGAACACUUUUCAUUUCGGGGGUGAGGGGAUUCCGCUCCACAGCUACGUUAUAUAAAACAUGAGUGCAUGCUGCCACUUUAGUAUAGUACAUUCCUUUGCAUUAGCUUUGGUUCGUUGAAAUAAUGUGAAUUGGUUGAACAUUUUGGGGUUUAAAUAUAUAUAAUGUUGAAUUCUCGUUUCAUGUUUUAAGUUUUACAAUAAAUGACAACAGGGAGUGACAAAUAAACAGCUUGAAGCAAGCA